GUCCUCUUAUUUGUUUUCACUCCUUGGCUUAAAGGACUCGCGUCCAGGCCAUAAUUCUAAAAAAAAAAAUGUUCUCACUCCGGCUGUCACUGCAACGCUGUUCGAUUCAAUUUAGGUUCGCGGGUAUAAUUAACAGCCCGAGCAUUGCGUUACAAAACUAUGUGGCGAAGUCCCGGUUUUAACGAAGAAUUGCUAAGAAGAUAUGGGUGCCUCGAAGAUAUAUACAAUGCUAUGCGAAGCAAUGACUUAGCCGAUGUUGUUUAUACAGCCUUAGACGUGAUAAAGAAGACGGGCAGCGUGCCACUAUUGUUAAAUGAAAAGAAAUCUGAAUCCAAGUCAACAGAGUUACGACAGCUAGGUAAUCAGGCUUACAAGAAAAAGAAAUACCAUGAGGCGCUCGUACUGUAUAAUAAAGCUCUAAAAUAUGCUCCAAACAAGUCCAAUGCAAUGAAAUUAGCUUUUAGUAAUAGAUCUGCUCUUUUUAUAACAGUGAAGGCUUAUUCUGCGUGUAUAGACGAUCUUGACACUUGUUUCGAGAUGGGCUGUCCCCCGGAGAUAAAGACUAAGCUGAACAAUAGAUAUGGGGAAGCUUUAGAAAGCAUGGGGACGGAUGAGUGGCUGCCGGUGCAAAAAUUUGCUAAUGGUUAUUUCAAAAUGUUGUAUGAGUCACUUAAUCCACAGAUAUCUAGUGCUACAAUGGAUGUUGGGGUUAUAAUGGAAGACAACUGCCCCAAAAUAGUUGCCGCUAGAGAUGUCAAAGUGGGGACUGUACUGGCAGUUGAACCAGCCUUUGUUAUUGAUAUGAACUCUGACAAUUUGAACAUAGCUUGUUACAAUUGCCAAAAACUUGAAUAUAACUUGAUUCCAUGCGAAGGAUGCUGCCAUGUCAUGUUUUGUGACACACUCUGUAUGCAAGAAUGUAUGGACCAGUAUCAUUCAGUAGAAUGUAAGAUUAUAGACCUUUUUGAGACUACAGGAUGUACUGUGGAAUGUACAGAGAAAAUUAGACUGGCUAUAAAAGCUGCAAUCAAAAUGAAGUUUCAUAGCACGUGGAAGAAGUUAAUUGAUGAUUCAAAAGUCUAUGGCAUGGAGCGAUUAAAUGAUAGUUCUAUAAAUGAAAUUUACGACUACCGGGAGAACAUAUCACUGCUAUGUUUUAAAGAGAACAGGAACUUUAUUUAUGGAACGAUGUAUAAUGCUAGUUUUAUUCUAGCAGCUGUACUAUACUACGUGGCUAAGACGAACUUCUUUCCGUAUGAUUACAAAGAAAGACAGGAAGCUAUCAAAUGUCUCGGUAGGGUUAUGAUGUAUCUAACAUUAUUUGGGACUCCUACGAUAAUACGUGACGCUGCUUCAAUCAACAACUCUUCAAAGAUUGAGUUUCAUGAUUGGGAGAACUUUGGGUUGUUCCCGAUGGUGGGCAAGCUAAGGAACUCCUGCAGGGCUAACACACUGACAGUUGGGUUGAAUGACAAGGUGGCGCUUGUAGCCCUGGAGCCCAUUUCUCGAGGAACCGAGAUUACCAUUACUUACCUAGGUCACUGGCUAGACAAGGGAGCAGACUGCAACUCAGUAAGAAACAGAAACAUGUACGUCCUCUACUCCUCCGUAUGCAACUGCAUCAUUUGCUCCGGCGACUGGCAACACCGAUGUGACACCCUCACGCUCGCACAGUUAGCCUGCUACAAAAAACUCAAACUCCAAGAGAUUAACUUCAAUAAGAUAUCAACACCUUAUAAGAAUAUAUGCAAGACUUUGUCUGAGUUACAUAAUGUGCCGUUUUCUGAAGAGUAUACUAAAGUAUAUAAGUCGUUGCGUGCGUGUAUUUUACAUUUGCAGCAUGUAAACACAGAGAAUGUGGUUUUAGAGAAAGCGCGGGCGAAAGACACGUGUGCCCAUGUCCUAUGAUGGCAUAAAUUAUUUGUAGUGCUCCAAGUGUUGAUUAUUUAACAGUAAUUUCAUAUUAAAAGUUUUUAAUUUAUUAGUUUUGUUUGGAGAUUAUAAAACGUAAAUCUAGUAUAAAGCGCGCUCCAGACUACGCGGCGCGAAUCCGCGAACACGAGAACUAGACUCCACACUCGCGUUCGCGGCUUCGCGCACGAGUGUGGAGGGCCCUUUAGACCAAGAAGAGUCUGCAACGAUUUUGAUAGCACACGCAGUGCAAGUGUUAUUUAUACGUCAUAAUUUCAUAGAAGUUUGACGUUUAAAAUAACUCGCACUGUGUGUGCUAUCAAAAUCGUUGCAGACUUAUCUUGGUCUAACUCUAUAUGGCUCGUUUUUGUGACUCAAAUAUGUAAAAUGUGGACGUGGAAAUAAAGUCCUUUACCCUUUUCCAGGCCGCACUAAUCUACAAGGUUUUCCCAAAAAAAAUCUAAACAUAUUCCAAUUAAUCCUGCUUUGAUGAUUCGUUUGAAGUCACAUUUCCCGAAAAUGCAAUCUAAUGUGAAUCUUAAAUCGGAAUGUUAAAGUUGAAGUUGUAUUGACGUAUAUGUGGUCAAUAAAUCGAAUUUUGCCAGGAAAAGGGUUAAAACUAUGAUUUGUUUAAUUAAGUGGCGCCAUAAAUGGCAA